AUAAAUGGGACAGAGUAUGGAGUUGUUACUUAUCGAUUUUAAUCGAUUUGUUGUAUUCAUCGUGUUUCUAUGAAAGUAUUCGAUAUCAUCAAGUAUUAUGGUUUUUUUGAAAGAUGCCACUAUCGAUAAUUUAAAAAUAACAACAUGUGAAAUGCAUACAUAUGGUACACCAAUCAAAAUAAUUGAAAAUGGUGCACCAGAUAUACCCGGCGGAACAAUUUUGGAUAAGAUGAAUAAUUUAGAGACAAACUUUUCUUAUAUUAUAAAGUUUAUGUCAUAUGAGCCUCGUGGACAUCACGCUGUUUCUGUUUUGCGGGUAAAACCUGACAAUCCAAAAGCGGACCUAGCAAUUUUAUUUUAUGAAAAAGAAGGAUGCUUAACCAUGUGUGGCGAAGCAACUCUGGCUUUUGGGAGGUACUGUCUUGAUAAUGGCCUUGUGAAAGCAACAGAACCAGAGACCUCUAUCGCGAUACAAUGCCCAUGUGGCUUGGUACCAAUAUCUGUCAAAUACAAAAACGGAAUAUCAGGGAAUACAAGCUUGCGAAGCGUUCCAUCGUUUGUAUUCGAAACAGAUAUUGAAAUACAUUUGGACGACAUUGGAGUUAUAAAUGUAGAUGUCGCUUUCGGAGGAGGCUUCUAUACCAUUGUAUCAGCAGAGGAUAUUGGGGUGAAUUUCGGUGAUAUAAAAUCGUUGAAAUUGGCGUCUAGGAUCGGGCAUAUGAUCAAUGAAGCUAUUGCGAAAAAGGUAAAGCUGAGUCACCCAGACAAUGAUGACUUGGCUGUUUUUAACGGAACUCUGGUUGUUGAUACUUCGGAUUUGUCAACGGAUCGUGUGGUAAAACAAAUGGCCGUAUUCAGAGACAGUGAGGGAAGAGGGCCGUGUGGAUCAGGUACGUCAGCACAUAUCGUCACGCUUCUGGCAAAAGGAAAAUUGGCAUUAGGAGAAUCCGCAGUGUUCAAGAGUGCCAUGAGUGGCGUUGGAUUCACUGCUAAAGUAAUUGAAAAAACAAAAUGUGGAAAACACCGAGCCUUCACUGUUGAAAUAUCAGGAAAGGGGCAUUAUAUUGGAAAACAAGUAAUGACAAUGGAACAAGACGAUGCGCUAAAAACAGGAUUUAUCGGAAUUUCCUAACUUUGGG